GGUGGGACAGAGAUCAAGUUGGCGUGUCUUUGAAAUCGCCUGCAACUGUUUCAGAUGCAGCAGAACAAACCACCUGAGGGGAAAUCCGUCCCCAUGAUAAAUUCUUUUCUCAAUUUAUGCCGAGUGUGUCCAGUACCAACCGAAGAUAAGGUCAAUUCGGAAUACAAGAGGAACUUUACGUGGCACGAUGGCUACCAAGCAACGAAAGUCGAUGUGGUGCGAAAUGCACCCUCAGUCCGUGCAGCUGAUGAAAAUUCCAACAAAAUUUCGGAUAACAGAGAAAAACUGCUCCCUGCUGUUGCAUCUGCGGAACCAUCACUUUCCCGUAAGAAGAAGUACCCGGGUCAGCCCGCCCGGGACCACUUGUUGUAUGACAAGGACGAGGGAGAGUCGUCCGACUCUCUCGAAGUAGGCCCGCAUCUUGGUCUCGUGUCCCAGGACGCCGACUCGAGGGCCAGGGUCCCCGAUGAAGAUUCCAGAUCCCGCUCGAAAAACCCUGACGAAGGCGAUUCCAGAAAGCCGGAGGAGAAGCAACCGUUGAUGAGCGCUAGCUUUCCUCCGAGCACGAACCCUCGAGGCAACCCGGGCACUCCGGGUCAGUCUGAAGAAGGGACCGUGCCCAAAACCACAGAGUACCGGUCCCAGUUCAUCGCCUGGCCGAGACCUCCCGGAGAGAGCCCGUCCGCCAGGAAGUCCGCAUCCAUGGGACUGAUUGCACCCGCCAACAAGGAUGCUACUGAUGGCGAAGCUCCAUCCGGUGAACUGUGGAACUCAGUGCCAAGUGAAAAUGACGACGACGACGCAGCACUCGAUGCUGUCAAACGCGGGCGCAUCAAGAAGACGGAAUACAAGGCUAAAUUCCGACCCUUUUCCGCAUACACUUACGUAGAUGGAAGCUGGAAAAAAGCCACGAGACUAAUCAAAGACAACGAAGCCGCUUCGGAAGAAGACCAGCACGCUUGGUACUCCGAAGUGGUUGAGAGGUUGAAAAAGGCGAAUCAGUACAGGGAGAGGAGCUACACCGGGGCGCCCCUCCACUCUUCGGAACCCUUGCCCCUAGAACUUCUGGUGCGAGACAGAACCAUGCUCUCACCCGUCUCCGUCGCCUCCUCCUCCAGGACAUGGAAGGACGAUCGGCCGUCGAAGGACAGGGGGCGAUCAGCCCUCGCGCCGGUCCACCACCGCAAAGAGAAAAAAGACGCCGCAGACCACAUCGAUUACCCAAAAUCUCGUGAAGGAUCAACGAAAAAGAAAUCUCAAGUUGAGAAAACGACAGUGCGACCCAAGUCAGCGGAACCCGUGAUUCCUGUAAAGAGCGAGCACAAGUCGCCCAAGAGGACCCGGCCCAAAGCGCCCAGGGACCUGCCCGUUUACGGACACGGUGACCUGUCCGGAAGGAAGAAGGCCCACAAGCAGAGCGCUGAGAAGUCCUCGCCGAUUGGAAUGAAGCCAAGGGCCGUCCAAAGGCCCCAGGCCCCGGCGGCAGAGGAGGGCAAAGUGUGGAUGAAGCCGGACGCCGCCAAGGAGGAGGAGGAGGCCAAGGGUGAAGAGACCCUCGUGAACGGGUUCGCCUCCGAGGAUUCGGGGAAGAUGGUGAACGGAGACGACUAUUCCGUCCUACAGAAAAUGAAAGAGGAAGCCAAGAUGAACGGGGAACACACUCCCGUGAUGAAAGCCCCUGCGAAGGUGCCCCUCACCACCGUCAAGUCUCCAGAGGAGGUGACGGGCGUUCGCUCCCCCGACCCAGAAUCGUGGACGGUGCCUUUGGAGAUCGGGAAAGGCCUGCACUGGAUGGACGGCAAGACACCAGAUGGCGUCCAACCAAAAGGCCCUCCCAUUCUUCUGUCUAAACGACUUAAAGAGUCUUCCCUGAUUGGCAAAAGCCAGAAAGAUUUAGUUAUAUGUGAUCCAGCUAGUGAAACCACGGGAGAGAGCGUCGAUCUAUAAUUUAUCUGCUUACUAGCCCUUUCGCCAAAUUUCACUGACCACAGCCACCACUCGCCGAGGUCGGGAUAAAGAAUUCCAUGGAAAAUUAAACGAAUACAAUAAAAAAAAUGACGUUCAUUCGGUUAUUCCUGCGUUCGCUGAAUUCCGUUCUAGUGUUCAGAUGAUUCUCAUGCACCAAAACGAGUGGACUCGCCACGAUGACGAAUGUCUUUCACUCCAAAUAGGGGCCGCUCUCAACCUUCAAGUAGUCCCAAGCUUCUCGACUGGCGUCGGCUUCCUGUGACGUCCAGCGCUUAAAGCAGUGUUCACACGAGGUUAAGUGUUGCGUCGCAAUAGAGGGCCACGCCUACCUCAGGAAGAUCACGGGAACCGAAUGGGGAUUGUCAUUGUCCAGAUCACAUUGUUUAAGCCGUUCACAUCAGGACACUACCGAGACAACAGCGAAAGGACACUUACUGCGCGCAAUAAUUGGCCUCGUGUGAAUGCACCUUAGCGUUUAGCUCACUGUCCUUGUUUAGAAGAUGGGUUGCCAGAACACGAUAUUCAAUAUUUUACACAUAAGAGUGCAAGGAUUGUCGAAUGUUUCAUUCUUCAAUGAUUUUCAUUUUUGUUCAGAUUCGUAUAUUGAAGUUUGAAGAUGUAAAAAAAAAAAAAAAAAGGACCAGCUAUUAAUUUAUCAUAUGUUUUGACGCAUCAACUGGCUUCCAGCAUAAACAACCGCCAACUAAUUUGAUUUCUACUUCUUCAACUAGUCAUAAAUUAGCUCUGUAUUGUAGGCAUGCCCUUUCUGUAUAAGGAUAGUUAGAAUAAAAAGUGUCUCUCUUCGCAUACUCAAAUAUGAAACUUAUAUGCUUUAUAAAUCAAAACUGAAAGCAAAUUCUAAAUGAGUUUUCCAAAUCGAAAAAAUGCUGCAAUAACAGAGCUAUUAUAGUUGCCAUUAUGCAAAAUAAAAGAUCAUAAAAUUUUAAAAUAUUACGGAUAAUAUAAGAAGAAACAUUAUUAAAUUUGCUAUUUUUAAAGUAUUUUCAAAUCAUAUUAAUUGAUGAAUGUUUUUUACCCUAAUAGCACACAAAUAUUUUACAAUAUUGUAUGACAUUGAUCUGUAUUUGCAAUAUUGUGGAAUAUUGUUUAAUAUAUAAUAUCGCAGAAUAUUGUAAGACAAGCUGUGCCACCUGUGUAUUGCUUCUUAAUAUCAAGUUGGUGGUUAAACAUUAUGCUGGAAGUGGACUUUUGCCUUGUAUGUUUUAAGUGACUAUAAACUCAACAAACAUAUGUCCGUAUGAAGAGCCUUAAAUUAUUUCGGAAAGUUCAAGAAAAUUCUAAAUCCUUAUUUUACUCUCUUGAUAAAUGGAACUUCGAUACUCAUUGCCGAGCUAAAUCAUCAAAAGAACACAUCUAUUUUUCCUUAAUAUAGAAGCAAGGAUAUUUUCUAUUCCAAUCCUCUCCACUUAGAUAGUUCCUCCUAUACUACUUUUCUCACUGCCUUAAAUUUCAGCCGUUGUUCCUGGAACCUGUGAUCUUAAUUUUUCAAAAAAUACAAAGUUGCACAUUUUUAUUCAGCAUUAUAAUCCUGAAAGGUCGUUUUUCAUGACAAAUGCAAUUAAGUACCAGGAUUUUACAGAAAUACAAAAACUAAAGAGAAUAUAUCCUUCUUAAUGUAGGCGAAAACUUCUCAUUAAAAUUAAGAAGAUAUCAGUUUUAACUCGCUAAAAUAAGUGUUUUUAGGCAUCCAACUAUAUAAUUUCAUAGGGCAAAGCUAUGUAUUUCAUGAAAUAUUUCAGGAUAUUUGAAUCUAAAUCAUUAUAUGCCCACAAUUUCCUUGACACAAAAUGCUUAUGAAUUUAAAUAUCAUCAUGGUUGCUUACAUUUUAAAAAUAAUAGUGAAGUCAUACAAUAUCACUUUUAAUAUGUCUUACUGAACCAGAGCCUUUCGUAUUUGUUAAUGGAAUCAAAUGAACCAAUACGUUGGCAGUUGUUGUGGGAGGAGAAUACUUGUUCCGUGGUGUCUGAGAACCGUCUGCUACUACAUGCUUCUCUGUUUGUUUGUAAAUGAGGUGGGUUGCAGUUCAGCUCCAAAUAUGAAAACUGUGUCAUUUUAGCUAUUGGUUUUGAGAGUCGUGGUGUUUUACUAACUAAAAUAGUCCCUUUAAAUAUUUGUUAUGCAUAUACAAUUUAUGAAUAUCGAAUUCACAAUGGCAUUCCCAGAUCAGGGCUUCUUGAACUACAGAAAAAGAUAGAACCAUAAUGGUAUUCCAUGAAAUAUGGUGCACAUUAAACUAUCUUCUAGGGUCAAAAUACCUUCCCACUUAAGUAAUGAGAAAAUUCGGAAACAGAGUGCUGGCUCAUGUGUCGGCGGCCUCAACAUCUGACCGUAGUUUAAAAUUAUGAUGUCCGUUUCAAAAUAGCCUUCGUACACUUUCAAGAGAGGGUAGGGAUGUAAUUGAACUAAAUCUAACGAUCUUGAACUGCAGAAUGACUUGAUGGCAAUCUCCUACUUAGAUUCCAAAAAAUCAUAAGUUCUAGUUCCCGAUUCCAUCAAAUAGUCGUACAUAAGUGUACUGUGCAAGCUCAAUCUCAUGGCAUAAUCAUCAAUCCUCAUGCUGGUAUAAUAUGAAUGCUUGUAGCGUGUACUCGACAAGCGUCAUCAUUCUGACAAGGGAUUUUGACUAAACUUUCAAAUUCGACCAUAAAAGCAACCAAAAAUAAUGAAGUAAGCUAUCUGGACUAAAAUAAUUCUGUAUAGUCUCCACAAAAAAAAAGUAAACAUUUCGUUUUCUUUAUCGAUAUUUAAUGAUCUAUUUUCGAAAUGUGUCCAUUUAUUGAGGUUUGCGAGGUUCCUUCCAGUAAAAAGAGAAGAGAAUGAGUGAAAAAAAGUUUAUGAUGUCCUAUCUGAGAGUAAAUGCCAUUCCUAUCUACAUUUGGAAAAAAAUUUCACGAUAAAACAUGUGGAUGGAGAAUUAUAAAUUAAAUUAAUUUUCUAGUAAAUGCAACAAUCGAUAAAAUGAACCAAAUAAACUUAGACUUAGUGAUUUGUUUUUGAGUUGUUUAUAAUCUAAUGGUUCAUCCAAAGCAGAUACCAUCUUGUUUUGGUCAUCAAAAUUAACUUAAUAACAUAUAUAGUUUUUAUAUUUCUGUUUGUCAAUGUGUUCUGUGAUAUAUAAAUAUACAUACAUGAUAUAUUUGUUGAAAUAUUUAUUUUUAUUAAAUGUGAUUUUAGAUCUUUGCGCGCCCACCUCAGUUUUUUCCUAGUUAUAUGUGUAUAUAAUGUAUAUAUAAUAUAUAUUUAGUCAUAUUCCUUUGCGAUGUAGAAUAUGCCUGAAUGAGAAAAACUUAUCUUUUUUUUUUCAUUUGCUGUGCUUUAAAAGUGGUUCCUAAUUGUGUAUGUUGUAACUCCCAUUGUAUGCACGAAAAACCUUUGGCUGCUCAUAAGUGUUUUUUUUUUUUAAUAAAUAAAGCUAAAAUCAAGACAACACUUUCAAGUAUAAAUUGAGAGAAAUUCAAUAUUAAAUUUGUUUCUCAGUAUAUAUAUGUAUGUUUUGAUCAAAACUAUCCUUCAAUAAGAUGCAACUUUUGAUGGUCUCAGGUAAUACGUCAUUAGUUUAGUAUGUCGUAGUGAAUCAGAAACUAAACGGGACGUUGGUAUUAUCAUAUGAUAUUCAAGCCUUUCUUUCAGUUUUUCAUAGUUAAAUAUAAUAAAAGAAUAAUAAAUAUGAUUUGUCAUAUCAAAACCUCUGCCUUUCUAGUUUAUACAGUAACAAGGAAUAGAAAUGUAUCAGUUGAUAUAGGUUAAAGUUCUUCCUCUCAGUGUACGUUGCUAAUAGAAGCAUAUCAAGGAGCAAUAACUUUUUCGGCCAUUGGUUAGUCAGAAAACAAACAAGAGAGUCCUCGCCUUUCUAAAGAAUCCUGGCGCACAGAAAAGUGCAUGUGGCGCAACUUCCAAAAUACAAUGGAUGUUGGGAAUUUUUCCGUCAACUCGCCAACAGUCAAACUGCAAGCCAAAUUCACUAAAUACAGAAAAUCUUAUACUUGGUUGAUCGCCAACAUAAAACAGAAGCAUAGUUUUGUAUGUCUCGAUGUGAUAUUUUGAGUCAAUACUUAUAUGCUGUCGAACUAACGGAAAAAGUACCAAACAGUUAAAAAUUGAAGAACAUUCAAACAUGUUAAAUGAAUUAUAAGAAUUAAAUAAAUUUAUAUACUUAAAACAAAUAAUGCCAGCUUUGAAACAUAUCCAACUUUUUUUCUCAGCUUAUUAUGUACAGAAUAAGAUAUAAUUUUCAUUCUUCAAUUUAAUUCUUUUUUGCAAUUAGGGAACAUUUGGUAACAUAGUUCAAGUAAAAGAAUCAGAAUAUUCUUUAGAAAUAUCACAAUAAAAAUUAUUUAGUUUUAAUGCCAGAAUUUAAAUUACAGUUAAAUUCUGCUAAAGAAAUUAAGUUAUAAAGAAUAAAGAUUCGCCUGUGUAUUGAAGUUCCGAAGCAUAAUAUGUUACAAACUCGUUCCAGCAUUCAAAAGUUGGAAGCUAUGCUACGAUCAUUAAAAAAAAAAAAAAAUAUUUAUAAAUCUUAAAAUAACGCAAUAAAAUAUAAGAUCUAAAGUUGAAAUAAAUUCUACCUUAAGUACGAUAUGAGUUUAAAAAGAAGAUUAUUUUCAGAAUCAAAUUGGAUGGCAAAUCAACAAAAUUAAAGAACUUUCCAAUACAUAGGUUUAAAAGUCUCCCUAACAACAUUUUCGAAAUUAUCUCUUUAUUAAAAUGUUACAAAUCUCGUAUCACAAUAUUUAGUUUUAAAGUAUUUAGUCUGACUGCAAAAUGUUUUUUAGCAAACACAAAAACUAUUUUCCGAAAAUCGCAUACCCGAAUAGUAGAAGAUAUUUUAUCCAAAAGCAAACUAUAUUUGUAACUCAUCAUUCCAGGAAAGAAUUAUCUAUAAAUAAAAGCAUUUGAAUACAACUGCGACUACAAAACAAUUGCCUUCAAUAUUAUGUUUCCACACUAAUUUUGAGGAUUGAUGUCUCUAUAGUGUAAAUAUUUUGCAAUAUUAUGUUUUUCAAUGAUAUUCGUUAAAGGAAAAAAAGUGAAGGUCCAUUUAUUAUCUCCAAUUUUUUUUAUCUAAUGUCAAAAAAAAUCUUAUUUUUACAAAACUGAAAUGUCGAGAAAGUGUAUGUAUUUAUAGAAUGCUAAGUUGCAUUGCUUUUUACAUUUCGAAUUGCACACACUAAUAAUAUAAGACAAAAUUGUCUGUUUAUUAUUCAAUUAUCAUCUAUAUAUGAGUAUUAUUUUAACCGAAUUGUUUUUGAAAGCGAAUCAUUGAGUCGCAGCUUAUUUUUUCAUCAUGAAAUGAAAGAAGAUCACGUGAUUUCUGCUCAUCCAUUACAUCACACUGCCUGAUUAUUUAUUUUUUGCUCUACCAAACGACUUUUUUGCCCAAAUUAUAUGAUAUUUAAAGUAGCAUUAUAGCAAUUCUUGAAAGUUCUAGUUUUAGAAUAAACACAAAUUGUAGCAAUGGUUGAGACUAAGCUUCAAUACACUAUUCCUAUCAUGUAUAGAAGUAAAUGAAAUAAAUUUAAAUAUAUACAAAUAUAUAUAUUUAGAUAAUUUUAAUAUUUAUCGAAUUCGCAGCUAAUAGAAUGAAUUUGAUGCUAAAGAAUAUUUUAUAUUGGAAAGAUUUCUCCUAGCACUCUUUCUGAGCGUUAAAAAUUCUUGUUACAGAAAUUUCUUUCGACAAUCAAGUGUUCAUUUUUGUGGGAAAUGAAUGAGUAUUUUAAAUACAAGUUAAGCAUAACAUUGGUUUCUUUAUUUAAAUUAAAGUACUCGGGCUUACAUUCGGGUUGGAUCUGGCGAAGAGCAUAAAGCAGCGUUCACACGAGGUCAAUAAUUGGGCGCAAUCGAAGGCCACGCCUACCUCAAGAACAUCAUGUGACCGCAAAGGAACAAUGGCAAACGGUUGUCUGUUCGGGACAACUAUUUGUCAUUGUCUCAUUGCGGUCACAUGAUCUUCCUGAAGAAGCCGUAGCCUUCCAUUACACGCAAUAGUUGGUCUCGUGUGAAUGCUGCUUAAAAGUAAGCGAACUGAGUGGUUUUCAAAAAUCAUAUAAGCAGCAGCAAGCAUAUUGCAGCAUCAAAAAGGCAAACAAUCAAUUUCUACAAACAAUAGAAUGGAGUAAAUCAAAAAAUAAAACUGUAGAACUUUUUAAAUUUACCUGCAAAAUUACAUCAAUUAUUUUUAAGCCUAAUUUAUACUGGACUAGCACAAGAAGCAAUAAAAAGACCAAGUGGUACCAACGGGGUCUUUUAAAUGCUUCUAUGCUAUUCCAAUAUAGGCUUGGCUUUAUUCUCUAGAGAUUUUUUUUUUUUAAUGUAGAGAAAUUCUUUAUUAAAAGCAUAGAGUUGUAAAUAAUUGCUUUGAAUCGAAGAAUUUAAAAUAUCAUUUCUGAAACAAAAAUUGCUUGAUAUAACGUAGGGUAACUGGAAUCGCGAUUUUAACAGUUCUAUUAGAAACCUCUUUUUGAUAUUUAAAGUUUCCAUUUAUUCUAUGGAUUUCUGAAUUAUUACCAUUUAAAACAUAACUAUAAAAAUGGACAGUCUCACUUAAUUUUACAUCACUUACAUAUCUUAAUGUUAGCAUUUGUAAAAUAAGUAAAUAAGUUAAAUGUGGUUUUAAAUUUAUUCCUUAAAUAGUAACCGAAUGUAAUCAUUAAAAUGUUCUGACACAAGAUGGAAAUUUUAAUUUUGAAUGAAAUAUUUUAAUUCUCUGUGUCACUUGAGACUGUUUAGUUUUGGUGCAAAAUUAACUUACAUUUUAUGGUAUUAUUUAAAUCCAUGAUAUUUUCUAAAUACAACAUGAUGCAAUGAAGAGAAUGUUUCGAAUUUUCGAGAAAAAUCAAAGUUCGAUUUAAAAACAUAACUGUGGUAUUCAUUUGUAAUACAUAAAAUAAUUCGAGUUAUCAAAUUCUUUCAACUAGCAUGGAAAUUCAAGUAAUCAAAUUUUUGAAGAAAAUGAUAUGAAAGCUUGGCACACAAAACAGUUUUUGUACCAAAAUAAAAACUCCAUUUCAAACAAAAACUAAAAGAAUUCUUCACAGAUUUAAUUCUAUAAUUUUUAAAUAAAUUUCAAAUUAAAUAAAAAAAGAACAAACCAUUAACCUUACAACAAAGUUGGAAAUUCCUAAUCAGCUUAAUUAUUUUUAUUCUGAAGAAGAUGCAACAGAAGCUCAGAAUAUCAAUUUUAAUAAAUUAGAAAUUAGAUCAAAUUUUCAAAACUUUUUGAAAAUAUUUUGAACUUAGUUCUACCAUUGCUGCUAAUAAAAUAAACAUUCUUAAAAUAUUCAUAAUGGAAGAAACAACUCAAACUUCUAAGCAAUAAUUAAUAUACAGCAAAAUUUACAUUUAAAAAAACUGAAAGGCAUAUUUUAAACUAUUCAUUUUUGAUAUAUUUUCAUUAGUUAAUUUUAGAAGUGAAAAAUGAUAUCACGAUUAUAACAUUUUGAAAAUUACACAAAUUCCUUUCCUUAUUCCUUUAUAAAAUCCUAAUUUUUUUAAUUACUCUAUCCUAAACAAACUUAAAAUAUAAUGUAAAAUAUAACAAUUGACAAAUAAAAGAAAUCUGAAACAUAUUAUGCAGCCUUAUACAUAUGAGAAUAAUUAACUUUGCCUUGACAUUUGUCUUCUCAGUCCUAUAUAUUCUGGAUAUUUAUUAUUAUUAUUUUGUCAGUUACCCUACAAAUUUGUAAAAAGAAAAAAUUACAUUACUGUACAAUUUUGAUUUGAUGUCUGUUCUCUACCCAAAUGAUCAAAACCCCUAAGUGAUAAAACUGUGUUGUUCUGCCAAGAGUGUCUGACAUCUGUUGGCACUUUGCCAGCGCGCAUGUCUAUGCAUGUUUCUCACUUCUGAGUUAUACGUGGAUGUCAGUUGUUUACUACAUAAUUGUGGUAUGAGAUGUAGUGUUGUUUGAGCUUUCUAAAAUACAAUAAAAAUCGUUCCAAUACAUG